AUGGAUACCGAAGAUGGGCGAGUGCCCGACCACCCCUCACCUGAGCCCACUUUUGAGCCCGUUAUUGAACAGGAGCAAUCCGUAUCUGAGCAAUCUGUAUCUGAGCAAUCCGCACCUGAACAAUCCGCACCUGAACAAUCCGCACCUGAACAAUCCGCACCUGCCGCACAGCAGCACACACCUCAGCAGCCAGAGCCAGAGGCUCCUUCUUUUGACAAAACUGCUCUCCUCAACCACAUUGCUGCUUUGAAAUCUCGCAUUGCUUCCCUGACAGGAAACCCAGGAGUGAUUGCUACUUUUUUUAUGUCCGCACGGGAUGGCGCUAUUAUCUACACUGACUGGGAUCGUGCUCCUGUUGCUGAUCGCAAUGCCGCUGACGUGAAUGGUGUGGCUGAUUCAGGCUCAGGCUCAUAUCACUCGUUUCCAGAGGCGAUGGCUUCGGAAAUCUUCGCUUACGUGACUUCUGCAACUCGCUUUUCUCAGUCUUUCACUCGUCCCAUCCUCGCUUUCCACGAUGAAGCCUUCCCUGCCGAGAGUAUCCCAAGGGAGGAGGACCGAGUUGGUCUGCUUAGAAUGCGCACUCAAUCUUCGGAGGUGAUCAUUUUCCCAACCUCGAAUUACAUAAUGUGUGUUCUCAACAAGAUCACUGUGAAAGAACGCGCCACCAAGACCACUAACGGUCCUGGCCCUAUCCAUGUUACCCGUGUCUCCACUGCGGACCCUGCAGACCUCGUCCGGGGCCUCUCUGUCCAGGAUCCCACCUCCUAG